AUGAAGGAGCCCAAGUCUUCAGGCCAGUUACUGCAAGAGUGGGGCAUGGAAGACAUUGAUCACGCAUUCAGUGAGGAGGAUUACCGGAUGCUAACAAACUACAAGGCCUUCAGUCAGUUUGUAAGACCGCUGAUUGCUGCGAAGAACCCAAAGAUUGCAGUCUCAAAGAUGAUGAUGGUUCUGGGGGCUAAGUGGCGAGAGUUCAGCACAAACAACCCCUUCAAAGGGACAUCAGGGGCAUCAGCAGCUGCAGCAGCUGCCGCAGUGGCUGCGGUAGUUGAAAGUAUGGUAGCCAACACAGAGACUAUAUCUGUACCACCUCCUGUAGAGGUACAGCCACUCAGGAAAGCAAAGACGAAGGAGGGAAAAGGUCCUAAUGCCAGACGGAAGACAAAAAGCCCACGGCCUCCUGAAGUUAAGCAAAAAGCCAAACCUAAGAAAGUUGCACCACUGAAGAUUAAACUGGGAGGUUUUGGCAAUGCCAAUGCCAAACGUAAACGGUCAUCGAGUGAGGAGGAAGACAUGGAUGUGGACUCUGAUUUAGAUGAUGCCAGUAUAAACAGCUAUUCGGUUUCUGAUGGGUCCACCAGUCGAAGCAGCAGAGGACGGAAGAAGUUUCAUGUAAACAAGAAAAAGAAGAAAGGUAUUUGGGAGAGUUAGGGCAGUGUAAUGUGU